AGCUGUAGUUUGUAUGCUCUUUAAACGGUUUUUUACCUCCAUAAGACGUAAUGUACGACAUACCUCAAUAAUAUUCGUUCCGUGGUUGAUUGAUUGAACUGGUUAUGAUUACGUGUUUAAUGGAAUAUACACCACAUAUUAUUUUAAUAUGCUGAACGCUUGGAAUAAGAAUGUAUCUUAAAAUCUCAAGAGCAUACAUAUAAUAUUGCACAGGGCAUGUUUUGCUAAAAAUUGGUAGUGUCUGCUAUGCAAUUGCAGGCUUUCAAGUUUUUUUUCUCUUUCUUUGAUUAUUUUGUACUGACGUAAUAGUUAUUAUGGAUAAAUGUCAAAAAAUCGACUUAGUCUUAGAAAGCAAAAGAAGUAUGAAAAAUAAAAACUCAUGCUCUUGAUUUGCAUGCAUCAGGGAGGUUUGCAAAAUAAAAACAACAAAACGCGUGCGCUGAUUGGUCUAUAGCUGAAUUUUCAUCAGCCUCUGCAAACCGAUCUGAGAUCAAUCAAUCGAAUAAAUCAAAAAGAAUUGUCAAAUAAAUCAUGAAUAAAUGUUAGAGAAAAAAUUGAAACAGUUGUUUUAAAUUUUUUCUUUUUAUAGUUUUCUAGAACGUCGCCUCUGCUUACAUAAGCAUGUGCAAACACAAUAAACAUCUUUUACUUCUUGACUAAAACAUGAUUGGUGACACUUUUCACAAAGAUAUUUCUAAAAAAUUACAGUUUGCCAGGCAAAAGGAGAUCGUAGCCGAAAUAGAAUUGCAGUUGGAACGUUUACGAUCAAUCCGUGAACCGCUGUCGUUGGAAGUUGCACAUGAAAACAUUAGUGAAUCUCGACGUUCCCUUCAAACGAUUAUUGAAACUUCCAAAGUUGAACAAAGAAGAGUUGAAAAGCUUGAAAAUGAACUCGUAUCAAAGAUGCGCGAUAAAUUUGCCAAUAUAAAGAUAGAGCGGAAAAUAGUGCAGGAAACGACGACAGGUGUGCCAGAACAAGGCGAAGAAAAUGAAGAUCACCCGCAUGAGGCAACUGAGGAAACUGAAUCACUGUUAUUGACAUUCAAAGAACACGAAGACAAUGUGAAUGAUUCUCAAAAUAUACUAAAGAAUGGGGAAGAAAGUUUUCCCCUAGAACACAAUGAAUCAUGUAUAAACCAUCAAACAAAUAUGCUCAGCUCCAACAGAGAAAGUCUUCCUUUACAAUGCAACGAGUCAGACAACAGGCAACGACAACGGGCAACAGACAACGAAGUAUGCUGUCUUGAUCCACGGAAAAUGAUUUUUUGCAAACGGUCAUGCGGUUUAGUUGCUUUGCAAGUGAUGCUACGCGAAGAAGGCGUACCUUUUUGUAUGUCAAGGUUGUGUCAGAAAUUGCAGCAAAAUUUGUUGACCAGAAGGCAAGAAAAACUUGAGAAAAUGGAUGGUUUGUUGCCAUGCCCGAAAGUACUUCCUUUCCUGUAUGAAAAAAAGUUCUUUAAAGAAAUACUCCUCGAACGAGGGUUUUCACUGGAAGAAGUGAAGGAUGCUUUUAAAAAUUCAGGGCGUAAAGCAGGUGUUUUACUUUAUCACACGAAGAGCAUAAGCCAUUGUGUUAAUUUGGUAAAUCACAUGAAGGAAGUAAAAAUUAAUGAUUGGACUAAUGGCAGAGACGAUCCGAUAGACUUUGAUAAAGCCCUCUCUGCUCAGGUUGUUGUUUUGUCUUAUACAAAUGAUGAAGAUGGUAAAAUUUAUGGCAUUUCCGUCAUUGGUAAUGAAUGGGAUGAUUGCUAUUCGGACAUUUGCAAAACGAAAUAUAUCCAAAGUCACGCAAAUAAUGGAAAUGUUAGUUGUUCAAGUAGGGAGGAGGUAGCUGAUGGACUUUAAACUUAAAAUUUGUUUUGGGUGUCAGCCAAAUUCUCAAAUUCCCACACCAGUCAAUUAUAAUAAAGUUAUAAGGAAGCAUGUGAACUUACAAGAUGUAGAUUUUACGGCAAACAAGAAGGCAUUGACACCUCAUCCCACAGCAUAUGUACCAACAUACCAAGCAUCCAAAACAAAAGCCUCCUAUCGACCUUCUUCUAAGCAAAAAAAGAACCAAAAAAAGACCAGAAUAUUAUGUAAUACGAACUAACAGAAAUGAAUGCAUGGCAAAAUGACCAUUAGGUGCUCAUUAUGCCAACAAAAAAAAAACAGAUAAAAGCCUUGCAGGAAAAAAACACCAAGCGAACUUACAAGAUGAAAAAUUGUUACCCCACAAAAGAAAAAAUCCAGAAAAGACCUACAUGCGUAAGGAAGAGAAAAAUAUAGCUAAAACACAAGUUGCAAAGCCACUUGGAUUUAAAAAUGGAAUUCAUAAAAAUAGGUUUUUGAAAGAAAAGAAAAAAAUUCCAUCUACUUACUAACUGCAUAUAGCAUUAACCAGUGGCGAUCCAAUUUUCUUCCAACCAUCCUUCUGAACAUUGCUAUACGAUUUGUGCACGAUACACGUGACAACAUUUUGCUGUAAACAAGACCUGGCGAAGAUGUUUGAACAGUUUGAUAUGAAUGAGCGCGAUCAUCAACAAAAAUUGUAUAAAUCUGAAACGAUUCAAAAGUAUUCAUUGAUGGAAGACUGAAUGGGAAGAUAAAAGUGAAACAAUAGCUAUCUGAAAUCGUACACGGAGUUGAGGCAGCAAUCGCUAGAUAGAUCAUUAAUUUAUUAGUUGAAUAUUUUGUUUGUGUAUAAUAGCUAGCUUUUUACCAUAAGCGAUAACGCUGCCAUUUAGAAAUUUUUUUCUGAAACAUCAAUACCAAUGGCGGAUCUAGGGUACGUCAAUGAAAAUUAUUUAUUGUACCUCGUUUGUGGUUUAAAAAAUGCUUUAGCGACAACUUGAUUCGUAAAAUUUUACAAUUUAGAAAUUCAAAUAUUUAGUUUUCUUAGGAAGAUUUCUUGAAUUAAAAGGGAGCACCUAUAAUUUUUUUUGGCAAAUGCUGGAUCCGCCUAUGUAAUAUGAAAGAUUUAAUCAAAAAACGUCAACAGAGUUGUACAUAACUAAAGUUAUAUAUACUAUUAAAUUUGGCAUAAAUCAGCGUA